AUGGCAAAAUAUUUAAAAUUGGAUGAUUUUAUGUUAUAUGCUCAUGGUUCAGAUUUAUGCCACGAUUCUGAACUUAAACAUGCAAUGGCUAAUUGCUUUGAAGCUUUAAUGGCGGCAUUAUUUUUAGAUGGAGGAAUAGAAGUUGCUGAUCGUGUAUUUGGAGAAACAUUAUAUAACGAUUCACCAGAACAUCUUAGAAUAUGGGUGAAUUACCCUAAGCAUCCAUUACAACAACAAAAACCAAAGGGCGACCGUCAAUGGAUUCAAACAUCACCAUUGCUCCAAAGACUAACUCGUUUUGAAGAAAUUAUAGGUAUUAAAUUUAAUCAUAUCAGACUAUUGGCAAAAGCAUUUACUCACAGAAGCGUGGGUUUUACAAAUUUAACCCUUGGAUCAAACCAACGACUUGAAUUUCUUGGUGAUACUGUUCUACAGUUAAUAGCAUCAGACUAUUUAUAUAGGUAUUUUCCAGAACAUCAUGAAGGUCAUUUGUCACUUCUCCGUAGUUCUUUGGUAAAUAAUCGAACUCAGUCUGUUGUGUGCGAUGAUCUGGGCAUGGUAAAUUAUGCAUUGCAUGCAAAUCCAAAACCAGAGCUGAAAACAAAAGACAAAGCUGAUUUUCUUGAAGCAUUUCUUGGUGCCUUAUACAUAGACAAAGGCCUUAAACACUGUCAGGUAUUUUGUAAUGUUUGUUUUUUUCCUCGGCUGAACGAUUUUAUUUUGAAACAAUAUUGGAAUGAUCCAAAAUCAAAACUACAACAAUGUUGUUUAACUUUACGAUCUAUUGUUGGUCAAAAAACUUAUAAUCCCAUUUAUAGAGUGAUUAAAUGUAUAGGACCAACCAAUGAUCGAAAGUAUAUUGUAGCUGUUUACUUUAAAGGUGUUAGGUUAUCACAGGCCAGUGGUCAUAGUAUACAACGGGCUGAAAUGAAUGCAGCUAAUAGUGCCUUAGAGGUAACCAAAGAUUUAUUUCCAAAACUGGAUCACCAAAGAAAAGCUAUAUCAAGAAGUUUGCUUCAUCAAAGUACAGAUAGCAAUAAACAUUUUAUGGAAAUCAUAAACAUGUUAGAAUCGCAAUCAUCCAAAAGUGAUUCACAUCUGAGCGAAUCAGAAAAAAAGAAAAAUAAAUUAUACAACCGAUUAUUAGCAGUAUUAUGUUCUGCCGAGGAUUAUAAUGAAGAAGAAACGGAAGAUGAAGAAGAAGAUAAAAAACAUUACAAGGAAAUAGAUGGACCAGAAAGAAAAAAAAUCAAAAUGAGAACCAGAAAGAAUUCAAAGUGA